AUGGCAUCCGAUAUAACUCAUGUAUUGUUUGAUUUGGACGGAACUCUCAUCAAUACACCGGAAAUAUUGGUGGAUAUCCUCAGAGAUUAUGCCAAAAGUCACGGAAAAGUGUUGUCCAAAGAAAUUGAAUUUGAGGUACCAAAUCUGACCAAUGUGCAAAAUCUUUUUAAAAAGUUGCUCAGCUCACUGAACUUAAUAUUAAACGAAACCGAACUAAAACAACUAUACCAUGACAUCGCCAAACGUUUAAUCUCAACAAAAGUUACACUAAUACCGGGUGUGGAGCGGUUGGUAAAACACCUGCACCGACACGGCAUACAUAUGGCGAUCGCCACGGCUAACAAGGGUCGAGCACUAAUGGACUCGAGGUUGAAAAUGAAGCCAUUUCUGGACGACGGCUUAUAUUUCAGCCACUCUGUGGCCGGUUAUGACGACCCGGAGGUCAUGUUCAAUAAGCCGGACCCACAGGUGUAUCACAUUUGCGUCAAACGUUUUACAACACCUCCGAAAUCCAAUGCUAACGUAUUAGUAGUGGAGGACUCCCUGAUCGGUAUCACCGGAGCAGUGGCUUCA